GCCUGUUCUCUACCACUCAUUGGCUCUGUGAUUCUGUCUCAAACCUGCUCCUCCUGCUGCAGGGUAACUACAAGCUGCAGCACAUUUUCUUUGAGUCCUGCAUAUCCUCCAUACUAACCGACCUAAAACAUCCUGCAGCGGUUCAUAUACAUACCUUGCCUGCUUUUAUCUACCGACUUCAGCACGGUGACCAACAGGAUGCUUUAAAAAAAACCGAGUGAACCACUCAGACUGCAUCUCUGGACUGCGCGACCGUUAGUCGUUUAACGACCAAACCCCCUCUCCCCCGGUCGCAACGUCAGCCGUUGGAGUUUUUUUGUGCGUGCGCGAAAGGAGGAGGAGUCUGUUCGCGAGUCAGAGGGGGCGCGGAGCAGUCGGUUGAAUCCGCGAACACAACAGUUGUUGUUGUGGCACAGCUCACUAGUUUCCCCGGUUCAUCUUGAGAACGUGGACUUGAUGCAGCACUCAUAACGCAUCCCGAGAGCAUCGGCGCUUCACACAGGGGGUCCGUAAGAGUUGGUUUGGACACCAGCGGGUGAGGAGGGGACCGUACGGAACGAAGCUUAAAAUCGCGGGAACGUCGGCGGACAGCGUAGAGAAAUUCGGUUGUCGACAAGUCCUGUAUUAAGUCCAUUGUCAGGAACCCUUUGGCUUGAAGGCAAAGAUGGAAGUUAUUGUGACAGAAGAGAAGAAGAAGAUUUUCCGCGCCAGGAAAACCAUGAAGAUCAGUGAUAGACAUCAGCUGGAGAACCUGCACAGCACUUUGCUCACUGUGGGUACAAGUUUGUCCAACCCAUCUCCACCACCUCUGAUGAAUGGAACACAUAAAGAGGACGGACAAAAAGUGGGCGACAAAGAGCAAAACAACAUCCUGGACUUGAACACUCCCCAGACUACACCACCCGUCUCUCCGACCGCUCUGAGCUCUCCCACACCGUCCCUGUCCCUAAAUUUGUCUCCUUCCCCUCCCUCUUCAAGUCCAAAAGGACUCGAAGAAAUGACUGCUCCGAGAUCACCAGUGGAUCCUCUAAAUUUUGAACUGAAAAAGGUAGAAGAAGAUGAGAAGAAAGAUGGCACACCAUCAUCAUCAAGUGAACCUGUCACAGCUAGAACAGACUGCAAGGGACAACAGGAAAAAGACACUGAGGUGAUCCCAGCUGAGGAAAAGAAGAAGGAGGACCACACUGUAGAAGAGGACCCAGCUGUAGAUUUGGCAGUGGACCCACUGAAAGCUUCUUCUUGUGCGGACCAAAAACAAUCAGUGGAAAUCAAAGAUGACAUAAAAGUAGAGACUGACAAAGCGGAUGUGAAGAAAGGCUUGACGUGUGAGGAAAAGAUGGAGGUGGGCUCUGUAAAAGUGGAGCCCAAAAAGGAAAAAACUAAUGUGGGACAAGCCUCAAAGCCAUCUCGACCAUCGUCCACUCCACCAUCUGAUACAGCAGUGAAAGAGGAGAGGAGCUCAACCUCGGGACUGAAACGCACUUUAUCGGAGGGCUCUGAAAAAGAUGGGCAAACUGUAAAAAUAGAGGGUAAGAGGCCCAAGAUGGACCGUGAGGAGUUGGAGGCCCAACUGGAACUUAAAAUUACUACAAAAGCUGGCAGUCAUCAUAAACUCGGGAAGAUUGUGCAGCAGUUAGUGGAGGAGCGAUUGAAGGUGUUGGAGCUCACCAUUUUUGACAAACAUUUCCAAGAGCUGAAGGACAGAGUAGACAAAAUUGACUGCGCCACUAAACACCAAGCUGCCAUUAACACACUCCAAGCCAAGAUUGCCCGACUAUCAAAAAAGUUUGGAGAGGCUAAUCAGGUAUCGGAGAAUAAAAGGAAACAGGAGGCACUUGCUGCUGUUGCUGCUGCUACUGCUGCCAAAACGGCAGCGGUUACGAAUAACCCUCAAGCUCAGCGGCCAGGCUGGACUUCCAUGGAGGUAAAGCAGACAUCCACAACUGUUUCUUCAUCCAGCACAGCAGUAGUUCCAGUUCCUACCGCAACCCAUGCCGCAGCUUCAGCCCCUGCUGCAGCUUCAGCUCCAACUCCCACCUCCACUUCAACUGCCAUGGUUCAGCAGACCCCUAUCCUCCAGCUGAUCACUUCCACCUCUAAUCCCACCUCCACCUUGGCCACUGGCAGUACCACCCAGAGUCAAACGGGCACCCUCCUCUUGAAGACUGCCCCUGGGAGUAGCAUGAUGGCUACAGGCCAGCCGCUUCUCAUCCAGUUGCCUUUAUCAGUGAAUGGCCAGGCAGGGACACUGGUCAACAUCCCCGUCUCGUCUUUGUCUGCAGCCAGCUCACUGAACAAGUCCAAAACCACUGCUUCUACCGCCACGUUUAUACUCAAGCCUGCACCUGUCACGACCACAGCCACAGCCUCGGCACCAGCCGUGGCCACUGUCCCAGCCCUCCAUGGCUCCAGUGCCCAGAUGUCCUCUGGCCAGAUCUCUCUUGCUCGUGCUGUGUAUCAAGGCGGUGCAAGUGGAAUAACUACACCCCAUGCUGGGGUAUCUGUGACCACGGCCAGGACACCAGCUCAGUCUGUCUCUGUAGUCGGGGCCAUGUCUUCAGUCUCUUCACCUACAACAUCUGGGCCAGCAGCAACCGGAUCCACUGCUCCAGGACCUCCACAGGGGAUGUCUUUGACAUCAAAGACAGACAACCAAGUUACAGUAACCGCUGCAUCUAAAGCAGCUGCACCAGCGGCACGACCCAAAGGCUCCGUAAUUGACCUCACCGAGGACGAUGAUGAUGUCCAAGUGACUGGAGUGAAGAAUGCUACUGUUACAACUCCCUCACCGAGCCCACGCACUAACCCAGUCAUCAGCAUCCACAACAAUACAGGAGCAAGAGCAUCCCCUCUAAGCAAUCAGAACAGUUCUGGCAAUCCUCAGUUGACAGUACAUCACCGCCCCCCAGUGGUGGAUACUCCAUUAAAAUCCCGCAGUGUAACCACUACUACUACACCAACUCGAGGCUCCAGCAUGGCGCUUCCACCGCUCCCUCCUGCACCCGCACCAUCACGCUUACCCCCAGAGGCUGAACGGACCUCACCUCCUCAACAACCUCAGCUAAAGCUGGUGCAGAGUCAGACUGGUAUAGUGCUCUCCUGGUGUGUUGGAGAAGUUGAUCGGACCUGCGCAGCUGUAGAAAGCUAUCACCUUUAUGCCUUUCAUCAAGAUAACUCUAACAGCAAUGCAUCUCAGCAGCACUGGAAGAAAAUUGGGGAGGUGAAGGCCCUUCCACUGCCUAUGGCCUGUACGCUGACCCAGUUCCAGUCUGGCUCCACGUAUCACUUUGCUGUUCGAGCCAAAGAUGUAUAUGGGCGCUUUGGCUCUUUCUGCGAACCUCAGUGCACAAAUGUCAUCAGUUCCAGCUCUAGUUGAACCGUUACAGAAAAGACAUAGCAUUUUGCCUUUGAUAGUUUAUGACUUUUCACCUGUUUUGUGUUAGGAACUGAAAUAUUGUACGCUGGACAAAAACAAACACCUGUAAAUGUCUUCCCAUAUAACAACUGGGCAACAAACUGACUUGGAGAGUUCAAGUGGCAAACAGUUGGUUUUGUCUGACUCAUCAUAUGUAAUGUGUUUUUUGUGACUUAAGCUGUUGUGUAUAUAAGUUGAAAAAGUUUGCCCCUCCUGCCAGAUCAGGUAUUUGUGUUGUUCGCUCCUGAUCUUCAGACCCAGAUCUUUUUUUUUCUUUUUUUUUUUUCUUCCUCUUUUACUUGACAGGAUU